GCCGAUCGCCCUAAUGCCUGUUCCCCUCUGUUGCCUCCCCCAGAAACAAGCCAAUGCGUCACGUCUCCCUCCCAUAUAAACCCAUAGCUCAUCCCCAGAUUCUGCCACAUCCCUCAACUCUCUGCUAUCCAUCUCCUCCUCAACACCGAACCACCCAUCGCCAUGGAGAAGAGCAACCUGUCCGAGGCCGAGAAUGGCCUGCAAAUCCCCUCCCCUGCGUCAUUUGCGAACGUGGACGAGAAGAAGGUCCUGCGCAAGAUGGACGUUCGCUUGAUCCCCAUGCUGGCCCUGCUCUACCUCCUCAGCUUUCUCGACCGCGGUAACAUUGGCAACGCCAAGAUCGAGGGCUUGCAGGAGGAUCUGAACAUGACGAGUGACCAGUUCAACAUGUGCUUGACCGUCUUCUUCUUCACAUAUGCCGCGUUCGAGGUACCGAGCAACCUGUUGCUGAAGAAGCUGCGCCCGAGCCGCUGGCUGCCGGCCAUCAUGGUGGCCUGGGGCCUCGUCAUGACGCUCAUGGGCCUUGUGCAGAAUUACCACGGUCUUCUGAUUGCGCGCAUCUUCCUGGGAGUGACGGAGGCCGGUCUGUUCCCCGGUGUUGCUUACUACCUGACCAUGUGGUACUGUCGACACGAGAUCCAACUCCGCCAGGCCCUCUUCUUCUCGGCCGCCUCCAUCGCCGGUGCCUUCAGCGGUUUCCUGGCCUAUGCCAUUGCAAAGAUGGACGGCAUCGCCGGGCUCGAGGGCUGGCGGUGGAUCUUCAUCCUCGAAGGUAUCGUCACCGUCAUCGUUGCCGUCAUGGCAUUCUUCAUACUGCACGACUUUCCCGAAACAGCCGGCUUCCUGACGAAAGAGGAGCGCGAAUUCGUCGUGCACAGGCUCAAGUACCAGGGUCAGGACCUCAAUGCCGCUCAUGUCGCGCAAGCCGAGGAGUUCAAAUGGGCCUACGUCUGGCAGGCGUUCAAGGACUGGCAGAUCUGGGUCAACAUCUUUGUCUACUGGGGCAUCGUAUGCCCUCUGUACGGCAUCAGUCUGUUCCUGCCCACAAUCAUCCGCAACCUCGGCUACACCUCGAGCACGGCGCAGCUCCUCACUGUGCCCAUCUACAUCACAGCUGCCAUCUUCGCCGUCGUCGCCGCGUGGCUCUCGGACCGUGUCGGCAAGCGCAGCCCGUUCAUCAUCACCUUCCUCAUCAUCAUGGUUAUCGGGUUCACCAUGUGCAUCUCCUCCUCGACCCCAGGCGUCGUGUAUGCCGGCGUGUUCAUCGCGACAUGUGCCAUCUAUCCUGCCUUCCCUGGUGUCAUCGCUUGGCUAUCCAACAACUUGGCGGGCAGCUACAAGCGUAGCGUCGGAAUGGCCAUUCAGAUUGGCAUUGGCAACCUUGGUGGCGCCAUGGCUUCCAACUUUUAUCGACAGAAGGACGGACCGCGGUACAUCCUCGGCCAUGCGCUCGAGUUGGGCUUCAUUGGAUUGGGCAUCAUCGCGGCGUGCAUCCUUCUCUUCAGCUACUCGCGCAUUAACAAGAGCAGGGAGCGCAAGCUGGCGAGCGGCGCGAUGGAGCAUUCGCCAGAGCAGCUGUCUGCCAUGGGUGAUCGUGCCGUGACGUUUAGGUACAUGUACUGAUAGGAUUGAUAUCAAUGGGAACUCAAUCAUUCGUGCGGAUUGUUCAUGUUUCGGUGAGGUCUUGUGGCUGGUGAUCGUCGCGAAUUGCCCGGUGACAUCACCACUUUGAACAGGCCCAAAUGGAUGCGAUUCAAGCCUCUUCCGUCCCCUGAUCCAACUCACUUCCAUCCAUGGAAUAUUUGUGUUUCCAUGCCACCCCUUAUUGAAGAGACCCCUCCUGACGUCCGCAUGGACUAUCGGGUGGGACGCGGCGAGCAGGGUGUUCUGUCUUUUGAGCCGUACAAGAGCCACAUCUUGCCUCUCUGGCGAUUUAGGACCGUCCCGAUCGCUAAGAAGAGUUCAGAAGACUUGUGGCAAAAGUUCAUCGAAUUCGACGAGCAAGGUGACUUUGUGGGAAUGGACAUGACGC